ACUACAGAAAAAAAAAAAUGUUUGAUUAGUAAUAAGUCGGUGACUGUGGCCCCAGCCCGCCCCUCACAGUGCCAUAAUUAGACGCUCAUUCCUCCAGUCACGCUGCAACUGCGACUCGCACAACUCCAUCACAUCCACCUCUUUUCCGCGGACUCAGUCUUUCUUUUUUAAAGGAGCACUGCAGUGUAUUCACACACCACGCAGGAAAAAAAAACCGCAUCGGGAAGCUCAAAACGCUAAAACGCUCGGACACCUACUAAAACAGCAGUUUAGUAGAAUCUCUCCUCAUUCAAUGGGUCCGCGCGUGGUGCUGCUCUGCUCUCUGUUCGGAGUUCUCCUUGGCCAAGGAGCAGAGCAGAUCUCAAUAGAGGACUGCUGUAAAGAUGGACAGAAGCGUGGCAGAGAUAACGAGGACUGUGCAUCCCUCCCUCUCAUCUCUGAGUCAACCACAUGCAGGAUAGUGCAGGAACAGUGCUGUGUAACAGUGCUUGAGGAUAACAUGUGCACCACUGGUAUCAACUUGGCCAAAGAGCAAGGAGCCUGCGAUUCUUUAUUUACCAACACCUGCGAGACCAAGACUACAAAGAUGUGCUGUGAUUGUUGUCUUCUGGGGAAGACGGCUCAGGAUCAGGGCCUACCCUUUGAUAACAGCCUGUCUGUGGGAUACCAGUGUGGCCUGGUGUCCCGGGCCUGCAGCGUGGAUGGAGUCCCAGAUAACCAGACAGCACCCACAGGACAAACUGAGCUACCAAACAAGGAUGAUACCAACGAAAACGGAGAUAAUUCAGUCUUAAGUGAUGAGUGUGAAGGGAAAUGUGCUCAUAGCUGUGUCAGCAAAGACACUUGUGCUUGUUUAAAAGGCUUCAAACUCAAACCAGAUGGAAAGAGCUGCGAGGAUAUCAAUGAGUGUUUGCUGGGAGCCAGCAACUGUCGGGGAGGAGAGCGUUGUAUCAACACAGAGGGCUCAUUUCGUUGCCAGAGAGAGGUCAGCUGUGGGACUGGCUAUGAACUGACAGACAACAACAAUUGCAAGGAUAUUGAUGAGUGUGAGACUGGUAUCCAUAACUGUGGCCCAGAAUUUGAGUGCCAAAACACCCAGGGGUCAUUCCGUUGUAUUCCCAAGGUCAAGUGUGGGGAUGGCUAUAUCCAGGAUGCUCUGGGCAACUGUAUUGAUAUAAAUGAAUGUGUCAGCCAGGCGGGUCCAUGCCACAGAGGGCAGGUCUGCAUCAACACAGUCGGCUCCUACAUCUGCCAGAGGAACUCUGUUAACUGUGGUCGAGGAUACCACCUCAAUGAAGACGGCACACGCUGUGUUGAUAUUGAUGAGUGUAAAGGCCCUGAAAAGGUCUGUGCAGGUCAUGGUUGUAUCAACCAGGUGGGCUCUUACCGCUGUGAGUGUGAGAGUGGCUACAUCUUCAACAGCAUCAGCCGGCUUUGUGAGGAUAUUAAUGAAUGCAGGCACUACCCUGGCCGUUUGUGCGCUCAUAAGUGUGAGAACACUCUGGGAUCUUACAAGUGUAGCUGCACGACAGGGUUCAAGCUCGCUGCUGAUGGCAGGAAUUGUGAUGAUCUGAAUGAAUGUGAGAGCAACCCAUGCAGUCAAGAGUGCGCCAACGUGUAUGGCUCCUACCAGUGUUAUUGUCGCCGAGGAUACCAGCUCAGCGACAUUGAUGGCAUGACUUGUGAAGAUAUAGAUGAGUGUGCCCUGCCUACUGGAGGUCAUAUUUGCGCCUAUCGCUGUCACAACACGCCUGGCAGCUUCCACUGUUCCUGUCCUGUCAGUGGCUACACCUUGGCACUCAAUGGGCGCAGCUGCCAGGAUAUUGAUGAAUGCGUGACAGGAACGCACACAUGCGCAGAGAAUCAGAGCUGCUUUAAUGUACAGGGAGGAUUCAGAUGCCUGUCCUUCGAGUGUCCAAACAACUACCGGCGCGUUGGAGAAACUCGAUGUGAACGCUUGCUUUGCAAUGAGUCUGUCGAGUGCCUAGCCAUGCCCCUGAGAAUAACCUACUACUACCUCACCUUCCCCACCAACAUUCCCGUCUUCACCAACAUCUUCCGCAUGGGCCCCUCGCACACCGUGCCUGGCGAUGACAUCCAGAUUGCUAUCACUGCUGGCAACAAGGACGGUUUCUUCAAGACGGAAAAGAUGGCCACUGGUGGCGUGAUGUCGGUGGCAAAGCUCAUCAGCAAGCAGCAGGACUUUGAUCUGUCUCUGGAGCUAAGGCUACGUCGCUAUGGCACAAUCAGUACUUACCUGGCUAAAGUGCUGGUGUUUGUUAUCCAGGAGGAGCCCAGAGUACCCUACAAUCCCCUACUAGAAUAAACAAAAGUGUAUAAGUUACUAAACUCUUAAAAAGGAUGUGUCAUUUUAAAUGAAUUGCCUCAUGUAGAACACACACAUUUAUCCUCAACGCAAAAGAAUAAGACAUGAACAUACAGUAUAUUGAUGCAGUCUAGGCUUUGUUGAAACGUAUAAAUGAUUGCAGAACAUACUGCAUACAGUUAUAUGCAGUUAAAUAUAAAUAUAAAUUAUGAUUUCCAAUCAGUUAUCAGUAUUCAUCUUUAUAACCAAACAUAAUUUAUGUUUACUUUAUUCUUGAAUUUCUGCCAUUAAGUUUAGCCCUACCUUAGAAGGUGGGUAAACUGUAUGUAGAUACAGUAAGUAUAGUCUCCACUAAGGGCCUGUUUAACCCACUUGGGGACCAGUGGGCAAAAACUAGCUGUGAACGUCUAAUAGCCUCUGUAGUCCCUCCUGUCUGCACGUUAUCUUGUAGUCUUUAAAUAUAUCUCAUAAUUGAUAAUAAUCUUCCUACCAUCACCUCCAAAGCUCACCAAUGAACAUGUUGCAUCUUGUUUGUUUAAUAUAUUCAAAAUAUGUAAAAUACAAUCAGGGUAUAGACAUCCUGAAGUCCUUUAAAGGAAUUAAACAUUUUUGAAAUUACAACAGACAAAGGGAGUCUUUUUUAAAUAACUCAAAACAAAUAUGACUCUGUCCCACACUAAACAUAUGUUAAAGAUGACACAUCAUUUUUUAAGAGUGGAUCUGACAAAAAAAAUAAUAUAAUAGGCACACAAAAUCAGAAACAAGCACAGUUUUUAGUACUAUACCAUUUUACAUAAUCAACUUUUUAACACUAGAAUUAAUGAUCAUUAUUAAGGAGUAUAAAUUAAGCCCAACUGAAUGUAUCUUCUUGGAGGUAAGGCAUUGUGAUAGCCGCUAGGUGGCGUUCUAGGUCAGGGUAACUUUUAAAAUGGUAACGACCCAAGCCUGCCUACAACUAAGUGUAAUAUGAUGAUGGUUGCAUGAUAAAGUCUGAUGUUUCGCAGUAUUUUAUGGUUUAUGUGUUGGAUGAACAGUUUUCUAUUAAAAUUGAAAUAGAAAUAACA